CCCACCCAACCCUGGGACUGGGCCGAGCAGCUGCUGCGCGGGAUCUUCUCUCUGACCCCUUCCCUCCUACCCACAGCCUGGUUCUGUGCUUAGUCAUUGUGAGGCUGCUCUCGCCCUAAGCCAGCUCCCGCCCGUUCCCCUGGGACCCGCCUCCUUCCCCUCCAGGGGGCCCCUCACCCCGCUCUCACUUCCGCGUGCAUGGCCCUGCUGCCCAGUUCCCUGAGCGGGAGCGCGCGGCAGAGCUGGCGGCUGGUGGCGCGCACCUCCCCUGCCUUCCUGCCGCCCCUACUGGCCCGCACUGCCCGCGCCGCCAUGGACUGUCAGCAGGAACCGCAGCCUCAGGGCCCGCCGCCCGCCGCCGCCUCCGUGACCGCCUACGACUAUCUGGUGAUCGGGGGCGGCUCUGGCGGGCUGGCCAGCGCGCGUCGGGCGGCCGAGCUGGGCGCCAGGGCCGCGGUGGUGGAGAGCCACAAGCUGGGGGGCACCUGCGUGAAUGUUGGAUGUGUACCCAAAAAGAUAAUGUGGAACACAGCUGUCCACUCUGAAUUCAUGCAUGAUCAUGUUGAUUAUGGCUUUCAGGGCUGUGAGAGUAAAUUCAAUUGGUGUGUUAUCAAAGAAAAGCGUGAUGCCUACGUGAGCCGCCUGAACACCAUCUAUCAAAAUAAUUUGACCAAGUCUCACAUAGAAAUCAUUCGUGGCCAUGCAGCAUUUACUGGUGAUUCCAAGCCCACCAUUGAGGUGAAUGGGAAAAAAUAUACUGCUCCACACAUCCUGAUUGCCACAGGUGGUGUGCCCUCCCACCCGAAAGAAAGCCAGAUCCCUGGUGCCAGCCUGGGAAUAACCAGUGAUGGAUUUUUUCAACUGGAAGAAUUGCCUCGCCGCAGUGUUAUUGUUGGUGCAGGUUACAUUGCUGUGGAGAUAGCUGGCAUUUUUUCAGCCCUGGGUUCUAAAACAUCGUUAAUGAUACGGCAUGAUAAGGUACUUAGAAGUUUUGAUUCACUGAUCAGUUCAAACUGCACUGAAGAACUAGAGAAUGCUGGCAUAGAAGUCCUAAAGUUCUCCCAGGUCAAGGAAGUUAAAAAGACAUCUUCUGGCUUGGAACUCUGCAUGGUUACUUCUGCUCCUGGUAGGAAGCCCACUGUGAAUACUAUUCCAGAUGUUGACUGCUUACUCUGGGCCAUUGGACGGGACCCAAAUUCCAGGAACCUGAAUUUAGAGAAAUUGGGAAUUCAAACUGAUGACAAAGGCCAUAUUAUAGUAGAUGAAUUCCAGAAUACGAGUGUAAAUGGCAUCUAUGCAGUUGGGGAUGUGUGUGGGAAAGCUCUUCUCACUCCAGUUGCAAUAGCUGCAGGUCGAAAACUUGCCCACAGACUUUUUGAAUGCAGAAAGAAUUCUAAACUGGACUAUGAAAACAUCCCCACAGUUGUGUUCAGCCAUCCGCCUAUAGGGACAGUGGGACUCACAGAAGAUGAGGCUAUUUACAAAUAUGGGAAAGAAAAUGUGAAGACCUACUCAACCACCUUUACUCCAAUGUAUCAUGCAGUUACCAAAAGGAAAACAAAGUGUGUGAUGAAGAUGGUUUGUGCCAACAAAGAGGAAAAGGUGGUUGGAAUCCAUAUGCAAGGAAUUGGGUGUGAUGAAAUGCUGCAGGGUUUUGCUGUUGCAGUAAAAAUGGGAGCAACAAAAGCUGACUUUGACAAUACAGUUGCCAUUCACCCUACCUCUGCAGAAGAACUGGUCACACUUCGUUGAGAACCCAGAGACUCGCAUGUCUGGCAGCUGGACCAGUAGACCGAAACACCAAAUGAUUAUGUUUACUUACUGUUCCCACUUUAUGUAUCUCUUUGUUGUUAUUAGGAUGUUCCUGUGGUAGAAAUGUUCAGUAACUAAUCAAACUUAUUUAUGUAAUUUGAAAUUUGUUAUAGAUUUUCAUUUAAUCACAUCUUAAUAAUUAAUAUUUCUAAGUUUUUAUUUUGUUUUGUUUUUGUUACCAAAGCACUGUUCAGCUCUGGCUUAUGAUGGUGUGGGGUAUUGAACUUGGGACUUUGGAGCCUCAGACUUGAGAGUCUUAUUUGCAUAACCAUUAUGGUAUUUACCCUCAGCCAUUUUUUUUUUUUUUUUUUUUGGCUUCCAGGGUUAUCACUGGGGCUCAGUACCAGCACUAUGAGGCCAUUUUCUUUCUCUCUCUCUCUCUCUCUCUCUCUCUCUUUCUUAAUUGAUUAGGACAGAGAGAAAUUGAGAGGAGAAGGGAGAUGGGGAAAGAGAGAGACACCUGCAGACCUGCUUCACUGCUUGUGAAGCAACCCCCUCUGCAGGUGAGGAGCAAGGGGCUUGAACCAGGAUCUUUAUUAUGUGUGCUUAACCCAGUGCACUACCACCUGGCCCCCUUAGUGUUUUUGUUGUUGUUGUUGUUGUUGUUGUUGUUGUAACAGCUCUUUGCUUACUUAUUGUUCUGUGUUUUUGUUUCAGCCCCAUCCCAAGUAUAAAACUAUAUGAAGUACAUUUAAAAUAUUUGGAUGAAUAUAACUUGCUGAUUUUUCUAGAGGAAGAUGACAGUAGUUCUCCACAUUUAAAUAAUGCAAAUGCACAGAAUCUUCUUUUACUAUGUUUUUUAAAGCCAGUAUAGUUCUCUGCAUAUUGCAAUGCUGCUUCAAGGAUGUGACCUUUCCCUGGAAGCACAUAAUAAGAGAGGCCUACCUUUUUCAUUUUAAAUAAUCUAAAAAUUAUGUUACAACUCUGAGUAAGUGCAUCAAACUUGAGAAGGGUUUGAGGAGGAAGCUAGUUAUGUUAAUAAGGGACAUUUUGGAAAUGAUUUCCUGAUUUCAGAAGGAGGGGAACUCAAAUACUUCAAGAAUUUCUCUACUAAGAGUUCCUUGUUUGAUGAGUGACUCCAAUUGUUUAAUGUAUUCUUGUUGCUUCAUCCUUUCUUAAAUUACUUUGGAAAAAAUAAAAUUACAGUCUUCUUAUAUAA